AUGAGUGGAAACGAAGCACCAGCGACGAAGGCGCUGUCCGAUGAGGACGUAUCGCUACUUCACGAGCGCAAAGCGAUGCUCAAGCAGGAGCACGCAGCCUACGUCGAAGCUCAUCCGGAAAUCAAGAAGCUGCUCAGCGGUUUCAUGUCGGCGCUGCUGCUAGAGAAACCUCAGGACGUUGUGGCCUUUGCGACCACGCACUUUUCAGCCUCCCGGUCGAUUCCUCACGCACAGGUGUACCAAUCGACUCAGCUCGAGCCGAUCGUGAUUGCCGGUCCGUCGGGCGUAGGCAAAGGAACGCUCAUUAAUCUUCUGCUGCGAAAGUUUCCUGAUACGUUUGGCUUUUCGGUGAGCCAUACGACACGCAACCCGCGUGACGGUGAAGUGGAUGGCGUCGCGUACCACUUUAUUGCGAAGGACAUGAUGCUCAAGGAGAUCGAGGCUGGGCGGUUCUUAGAGCACGCCGAAGUGCAUGGCAAUGUGUAUGGAACAAGCAGACGUGCUGUGCAGGAAGUGCAGGAAAAAGGCAAGAUUUGCAUUCUGGACAUCGAUAUCCAGGGCGUAAAACAGGUCAAGAAGUCGGGCAUUUCUGCCAACUAUCUCUUCAUUGCCCCGCCUUCCAUGGACGAGCUGGAAACGCGUCUACGUGGACGCGCCACCGAGACAGAGGACAAGAUCCAGCUGCGCGUAAAGAAUGCGGCCGGCGAGAUUGCUUUCAGUGAGCAGCCGGAUGUGUUUGACGCUAUCCUUGUCAACAAGGUGGUGGACGAUAGCUUCAGUGAGCUACUUACACUGCUCAAGCAGUGGUACCCGACGUUGGACCUGAAGUAG